GACAGUGUAGACAGUGUAUCGAUAAAACACUGUAGAUUCGAAGAAAAAAAAUUUGUAUAAAUUUAAGUAAAAUUAUUGGGCAAAAAGCAAACCAACAACAACUCGCGCGAAUGCAUGGUGCACAUAAAAGGCUGAUAAGACCAAACUUACAAACACAAUUACACACUUAUACACCCAUACAUAUACAAAUAUAUAGAUAUAUAUUUAAAACAAAAAACAAAAAAAAAAGUGACUAACUAAAGUAAAUUAAAAGAAAAAGGAAUAAACGCAGCGGAAGGCGACAAACACAUAUAAUUAAUUAAAUAAACAACAAAAUGGAAGCAAUCGCCAAACACGAUUUCUCAGCAACUGCCGACGAUGAACUCAGUUUUCGGAAAACUCAGAUUCUAAAGAUAUUAAACAUGGAAGACGAUUCCAAUUGGUAUCGUGCGGAACUAGAUGGUAAAGAAGGUCUCAUACCCAGCAAUUACAUAGAAAUGAAAAAUCACGAUUGGUAUUAUGGCCGCAUCACACGUGCCGAUGCUGAAAAGUUACUAUCGAAUAAACAUGAAGGCGCCUUUUUGAUACGCAUCAGCGAAUCUAGUCCCGGCGAUUUCUCCUUAUCAGUCAAAUGUCCCGAUGGUGUGCAACAUUUUAAGGUUCUGCGCGAUGCCCAAAGCAAAUUCUUUCUCUGGGUGGUCAAAUUUAAUUCCCUCAAUGAACUGGUCGAAUACCAUCGAACAGCGAGCGUAUCACGAUCACAGGAUGUCAAAUUGCGUGAUAUGAUACCUGAAGAGAUGCUUGUACAGGCGUUGUACGACUUUGUGCCACAAGAAUCUGGUGAAUUGGACUUCAGACGCGGCGAUGUCAUCACUGUAACAGAUCGCUCCGACGAGAACUGGUGGAAUGGUGAAAUUGGCAAUCGGAAAGGCAUAUUCCCAGCAACCUAUGUGACGCCAUAUCAUUCAUAAUAAAUAUAAAAGAAAAAGAACACACAAAACAAUUCAUUAACAGGCAACAUAGCCGCAACAAAAAAAAAGAAAAACUAUUUGCAGCAAAAGCAACAACAACAACUACUAUAAAUAUUAGCUGCAACAUCAUCAACAACAAAAACAAACUAAGCAAAACAAAAAAAAUAAAGGAAAUGCAUUUUUUUUACGUUUUUUGAAAUUGUUUCUAAAACUGACAACAGCAUCCACUUGCAAUUUACAUAUAAAAAUACAUACUUAUAUGAAAGAAAUAUAUAUAUAUAGAUAUAUAUAGAA